AAUCAAGUCCAUAGUCAAUAGCGAAUAAAUUUAAAGAUAAAUAACUUUGGUCGCAUCUUAAAAAAAUUGUUUUCGUAUUGCUUUAUUUUUUGACAAUUUUAACCCAAAAUAUAUACCUUUGUAAUGUGUUUCUUCCCACGUCAUAGAUGGUCUAAAAUACUGUAGAAAUGCUUGUUCGAGCUUUUAUUAGGAAUCCCCAAAUGUAGGCAGCAAGAACAACCCAUCAGAACAAGCAAGCGAAACAGUGCUGCCAUCAAGUAUGUUGGUAUCGGCAAGGGCAGAAACUAAGAGCAAAUUGCCAUUCUUGGUUUUGACUUUUGAGAAUAGGAAAAAAAAGAAAAAUCGGCUGAUUGGUUACAUCUUUGGCGGCCCAAUACAUCCGGUUGGGGGUAACAUACCUUGGCCACGAGCUCGGCUAAUUCUUUUCGAUUUUGAUCGCCAAGGAGGACAGUCCAGCAGCUCCAAAAGGUUUCAGGGCCUUGAAAAAGAAUUUAUUUUUCCUUUCCGUAACGGAAGCACGUGAAAGCUCGUGCAGACCAACGGAACUAUAAAAACGAAAAGGAGUUAUAUUUUUUUUGAUUUCUUAGUACCAAGUUAGGUAAAUAUACCAAGCUAUAUAUAUAGUCAAUCUAAGGGAGUGCUUAUGCAUUUUUUUUCUCUUUCCCUCGAUGUGUGUCCAGCUUGGCACGCAGCCGCAAAAUCACCAAGCAGCUUUCAAUUGGCAAAACAACCAAAAGGAAAGGUACUUCCCCAUCCAGCCAUAAGCCAAUUCGCCCAGACCGAAAGCCACAAGUCAAUUCGUCGGAGAUAGACAAUUUCCAGCCACUCAGCACUCCGUUUUCCAAGUUGGAAACUUUUCCCGAUCCAGGGAAUUCGCUCAGCUUCCCAGAGCGACCGGCUUCCCGCCUCUCUCUCGGAUUUCAGCCGGGAAGGCCCAAAGCCCUUCGCGCCGACUACGCUGGUUAAGCGUAAUAGUAGUUCGCGUCGUGCUCAGUCCGCCAGUUGCAAUCAAAAUACCGCAGCCCCUAAGAUUGCACAGUUUUUUUUAAAUCCCCAAAGCGUGAAAUAAUUUUGGAAAAUAGCCCAACAGAGACCUAUAAGUAGUAUGAUAAAUUAAGGGCUUUUUUUUUUUUGCUAAUUUAUUUUGGGUUAAGAAAUGAAAAACGAAGUUGCGAAACAAAGGUAAAAUGUGAGAGGAGUGAAAUAUUGCGCACAGUUUUUUUUAAAUCCCCAAAGCGUGAAAAAAUUUUGAAAAAUAGCCCAACAGAGACCUAUAAGUAGUAUGAUAAAUUAAGGGCUUAUUUUUUUUUUGCUAAUUUAUUUUGGGUUAAGAAAUGAAAAACGAAGUUGCGAAACAAAGGUAAAAUGUGAGAGGAGUGAAAUAUUGCGGCAUAACAGAACGGAAAAACUAAAACACGUGUAAAGUGAAAGAAUAGGAAACAAAGAGAAAGAAAAAAAUACAUACGAAAGGAAAAAAAAGAUGUGCGAGUGUAAAAAAAUAAGUCUAUAAAGCCCAACAUAGUGAAAUUAAUAGAAAAUAUCCCCCCACCUGCUAAAGCAGAAGGAAAGAACAUGACAUAAGGAGUAUCAAGAAAGAAGGCUCUCUCUUUUUCUAGCGACCGCUGCAAAAGAUCUUUCGCCGCCGGAUCGUUAGCAAGUUUUUUCACUGUACCUUUAUUUCCCUUUUUUCUUUUGUGUUCUAUGCCAUGCGUAACUGACUUACGCCAUGCGCUUCCCAAUGCCAAACCUGGAAAACACACAUCGCGUGUUCGGUACGUAAAAUCAGACUUGCAAAUAUAAAAAAAUGAAAAAAAAGACGACAAGCACACAAAAAUUAGAAAAAAACCCCAACUAAGAAAAGGAUUUAAAUUAAAUUAUUCUUACAACCACAUCAAACUCUCUAGAAAUAAACUUAUUCCCUUCUCUUCUCUUUUAUUAGUAUUAUUUGAUACAUAUAUCUUAAUUUCUAAACCGAACAAAAAAAAAACCAAUUGCUUAUUUCAUAUAAUCCAAUUUUAUUUCAGCAGUAUUUCAUUCCUCACAAGCCUAUGCAAAUAAUUUUAUUUAAAUAAAACCGGAAUGAAUAUUUUAUAAAUUCUCGGAAGGAAACCAAAUAUGAGCCAAAAGUGAAAUUAAUAGCAAAGAAAUUUUCAUUUAUGAGAAAGAAAGUAGUUAUUUAUGAUUAAUAAAACAAAUUCAUAGUGAACUCUAACUAAAAGUCUCCUCAUCCGGGGAUUAUGGAGGUCGGAGUGUCAGGGUAAGAAGGUGUAGUCACUCCCUGGGAUCCUGAGGACGCAUAAAAGGACAUAAAGGAUCAUGGUAGGGUCGGGCUUAGCAAUUAUAUUGCGAGUAAAGGGGAGUGGCGUAGUCAGGUGUAUCUCUUGUGUAUUGUUGGUGUUGUUCUUUCGACCAUUUUCUUCUACUUUCUAAUUUUUUCUUCCCAAACUAAGUACGCGAAAUUUAACGUGGCGGCACCCCUUUCUUUAAAAACCCACCCCAAGCCGACCAGACUAAAACUAGAAGCCGAGGACAUCGCGUACUCCGCUAAAAGCGUUAUUUAUUUCCACCAGCGCUUAUUUUUCCCAAAUCAAACGUUAUAUGCUACAACACAGUCCACUAGCAAGGUCAACCUAGGUCUAGCCUAGCCAGCGCAAAUUUCGAAAAAAGAUCGUUAUAUAAUCCUUUACUUUGACUUGAUUUUACCGAAAGAAUAGCACUCCGCCUGGGAACAUCAUCCCGGCAGUCAAACCCACAUUCCCUCGUACAUUGAAAAUAGAAAAUGUUCGGGCACCAACAAAUCUGGAUCAGCACUGGAUCAUCACACCACAAAACGUAUUUCGGUUCAUAACACCCACGCGCAACCAAGCCCCCCUGUGCUUCGUUGCCCACACUGCAAUGGUAAUCAUAUCCUUCGUCGAUGUCCGCGAUUCCUAAGCUUGGAUUGCUACUAACGUAUGUAGGUCGUGAGUAAGUCAAACAUAUGCCUCAACUGCCUGAGCAAAUCGCACAUGCUUGCCCGCUGUUCAAGUGUAAAGAAUUGCUACCACUGUGGACAACGCCACCAAUCUCUACUUCAUCCGGCAGCGACGCCAAGCACCACUUAAGCAUCCCAACCUUACUCGCCGACCGUAUCAUCCAGUCAACCUCAUAUCGCUUCGAUUAUGAACACCGACAAAUCACCAGUUAGCCCCCUUGCUAAUCCAAACCUCCAAUGUUAUUCUUCCACAGCCUCCCAUGCAACGUGACAGAAUAUCCUGUUAGCUACCGCACGGAUUAUUGUCUGCCACCCCCAGAGCGGCGCUUAAGCAUCAAUAACUGCCCUCAUCGAUCAAGAGUCGGAAGCUACAAUAAUCUCAGAUCAUACCGUCCAAGCUCUCCAACUUCCACGAUGCAAAAUCCGCGCUUCGAUCGCCGGCGUCGGCCAAACUACUGGUCAACGGUGCAACUUUACGGCAAGAUGCUGCAUCCGAACGUCGCUAAACCCAACGUUCAAUCUAGAUGUCGACUCUGCGUACGUUCUGAACUCGCUGACCUCACCUCUACCAAACGAAUCGUUUUCGCCUCAAAAUUGGAAACACAUCAAAGGACUCCAGCUCUCGGAUCCUCUAUACAUCGCUCGAAGCGCAUAGAUCUCAUCAUCAGAGCCGACCUCAUGGCGAGUCUUAUCCUUCCGGGAACCCGAAUCGGAAAUGCAGACGAACCUAUUGCACAAAAUUCUCACCUAGGUUGGAUGAUACUCGGAAAGUUCCAGGAUUCAAUCCACACAUUUAAUAUUCGCUGUCAUCAAACCGCCUUAGAUACGGAAUUGCUUUUGAAGAAUUUCUGCGAAAUAGAAUCUGUCCCAAGCCGAUCACUUCACUCUGACGAAGAGCGGUGGUGUGAGUCCUUCUUUAAGGAAACGCACACACGUCAACUAAACGGUAGUUUCAUGAGCGGCGUUAUCAACGGGAUCCAGACAAAUGGGAUCGCUACAAGGAGGGAAUCGAAGAAUAUUUUGAAUUGGGACAAAUCACACACAGUAAGAGAUCAACAGUCAGUACCUCCACAAAACGAUCGCAAGCACUUAGGGUGGGACGACCCAGUGCCCAGUUCCAUCGCUAACAAAUGGAAAAGGUUCCGUGUCAAUCUGGAGGACAUCAGCAAAAUCCGAAUACCUCGCAGCGUACGGUAUACGCCAGACUUUAGCCAUGAUAUUCAGUUGCACGCUUUCUGCGACGGGUCCACUCACGCCUACGCAGAGGCGGUUAACAUGCGCAUACCCCAACAGGAUUCAUCGUUUUAUACCACUCUCAUCACUGCAAAAUCAAAAAUCUGUCCAACGAAACCCCUCACGAUCCCGAGGACCGAGUUAUGCGGCGCUGUACUGGCAACCAAACUAACUAAAUGGGUAGUAGCAAACAAUCGUUGGAAAAACGAUCAAAUCUCCUUUACAUACUGGACGGACGCCACUAUCGUUCUCCACUGGAUCAAAAGAGAUGUUACUAGAUCCUACAUUCUGGACCACAGCGAUUCAAACCAAUGGAGACAUGUUCCCACGGCGGAUAAUCCAGCAGACAGCGCCACGAGAGGACUAUCCCCAUCAGAAAUCUCCAUCUUUGAUCUCUGGUGGCAGUGAGUGGCCGGACACAGAGGU